AUGAAAAAGCUUGUGAUUGAGAUAUCUUUGGUUGAUGCUGUGAAAAUCACUCCUGUUAUCAGGCGUUAUGUGAAGCGAAUGGUGACCAAUAAUAUCAGCCAUGAACAGGGAGUGAUGAUGAUUUCUGAGAAAGUAAGCGCUGUGAUUCAGAACAGGAUCCCAGACAAGUUGUCUGAUCCAGGAAGCUUUGUCUUGGAUUGUUCCAUCUUCACGGAAAGAUUCAAGAGAUCGCUGUGUGAUCUGGGUUCAUGUGUCAAUCUUAUGCCAUAUUCAGUCGCUGUCAAUCUCGGCAUGACUGACUUCAAGCCAACGAGGAUCUCUCUUAUCCUAGCUGAUCGAUCGACGAGGACACCUGAAGGAGUGCUGGAAGAUGUUCCAGUCAAGGUUAGAGAUUGCAUGAUACCAACCGAUUUCGUUGUCUUGGAGUAUGGAGAGGAACCUAAGGAUCCUCUUAUACUUGGGAGACCUUUUCUAGCGACUGCAGGUGCUAUCAUCGAUGUGAGGAAGGGCAGAAUUGCUUUGAAUGUUGGAGACUUGGUUAUGAACUUUGACAUGGACAAGCUGAUGAAGAAGCCCACCAUCGAUGGUAAGACCUUCUACGUCGACACACUCACAGGCUUCGCAGAGGAGAUGUUCCAGGAGAUGCAUCCUGCAGACCUACUGGAGAGAGCUCUGAUCUCGUCCGCGUCUAAAGCAGAGCACCUGGACGAAAUUACAGCAUCAUAUGUCAAGAUGCUGGACGCAAGCGAGCAGGUGAUGCAGCUGGUGGCUCAAGGGGAACCGAUCGAAGUUCUUGCAAAAGCCAAAAAGAUCAGUGAUUGGAGUGAAGAAAAAGCCCCUAUGCUUGAACUCAAACAGCUUCCUGCAGGGCUAAGGUGUCUCUCUGGACCUGUGCAUGCAUCGGAUUCACCUGGAGGAUGA